AUGGCCCAAGUGUGGGUGAAAUUGCAUCGUUGCUUCCGACGGAGUCCCGUGCGCUUCUUCUCCCUGGUGGCCCUGUACCUAGCGGCAGGCAGCCUGCUCUUCUUGCACUCGGGCUUCAGUGGGGACCCUGCCCUGUCCCGGGCCCAGCCCAACCUCAACCCAGCUGACGGCGGAGGACCGGGGGGACCAGUCCUGGGGACACUGCAGCUCGGGGGGGGCUUCCGGGGAGCCCCCCGGCCCCCCGGCGCCCCCCGUAGAUACGGGCCCUGGUUCCAGGGGGCCGGCAAGGCGCCCUCCGCCGACGGGAGCCGACCGGGAGAUCACGGCGGGGCCUGGAGCCGCGUCCUCAAGGGGAGAGUCACCCGGGAGAAGGAGGAGGACAAAGCGACAUACAUUGGCUGCUACAUCGAUGAUACCCACCGCCGAGCUCUCCGCGGGGCAUCCUUCUUUGACUACAAAAAGAUGACAGUCUUCCGUUGCCAGGACAACUGUGCUGAACGGGGCUACCUGUACGCGGGCCUGGAGUUCGGGGCCGAAUGCUACUGCGGACACAAGAUCCAGGCCUCGAACACAAGCGAGUCUGAGUGCAGCAUGCAGUGCAAGGGGGAGAAGACCGACAUCUGCGGGGGUGCCGACCGCCUGUCCAUCUUCCGGCUGGAGCUGGCCCAGGAGUCGGCCCGGCGCUAUGGGAGCGCCAUUUUUCGCGGCUGCUUCCGCAGACCAAACAACAUCUCCUUGGCGUUGCCUGUCACGGGCCUCAUGCUGAACCUGUCUGUGGACAAAUGUGUUGACUUCUGCACAGAGAAGGAGUACCCCCUGGCAGCUCUGGCAGGGGUGGGCUGCCACUGUGGCUUUCCCACCCAUCGCUUCACCCUCCAUGAGCGGGAAGACGAGCAGCUGUGUGCGCAGAGGUGCAGCGGAGAGGAGUUCGAGAGCUGCGGGACGGCGGAUUAUUUCAUCGUCUAUCAGACUCAGGUGCAAGACAACCGCUGCAUGGAUAGGCGCUUCCUGCCAGCCCGGUCCAGACAGCUCACUGCCCUGGCCAGCUUUCCAGGGGCGGGGAACACCUGGGCCCGCCACCUCAUCGAGCUGGCCACCGGCUUCUACACGGGUAGCUACUACUUUGACGGCUCCCUCUAUAACAAAGGGUUCAAGGGUGAGAGGGACCAUUGGCGGAGCGGGAGAACCGUCUGCGUCAAGACCCACGAGAGCGGCCAGAAGGAGAUCGAGGCCUUUGACGCCGCCAUCCUGCUCAUCCGCAACCCCUACAAGGCCCUCAUGGCCGAGUUCAACCGCAAGUACGGCGGCCACAUCGGCUUCGCCUCCCACGCUCACUGGAAGGGGAAAGAAUGGCCCGAAUUCGUAAAGAAUUACGCUCCCUGGUGGGCCAGCCACACCUUGGACUGGCUGAAAUACGGCAAGAAGGUCUUAGUGGUUCACUUUGAAGACCUGAAGCAGGACCUCUUCAUCCAGCUUAAGAGGAUGGUCACCUGGCUGGGCAUCACGGUCUUUGAGGACAGGCUCCUAUGCGUGGAGAGUCAGAAGGACGGGAACUUUAAACGGUCGGGGCUGAGGAAGCUGGAGUAUGACCCUUACAGCCCCGAGAUGAGGAAAAUGAUCGGCAGCUACAUUAAGACGGUGGACAGGACCCUGAAGCUCAGAAACCUCACCGGCGUUCCAGAUUAUUACUACCCUAGAUGAUGGAGCGGGUCUGGGGCACCAUCUUGACACAGAGGAUGUUGGGGAGGGCGAUCAGGGGAGGGGGAGAGUGGGUAACCGUUCUGCUGCUGAUGUGUUUCCUGCAUGAGAAAGAUGGAGCAGUCCAGGGAGGGUGUCACCUGGUUGAGACCAAUUCCCAACUCAGGGACUUGCCAGGCACCCCUCCCCGCCCCUCAACCCCCACCUUCUGUCCUCCACAUUUUUCAGAGAUCACCCCGCAGCCCCUAACCAGAGAAACCACAACUUUGCCACGGUGCACGAACCUCCCUGGGGGCCGGCCUGGGGUGGAUUCUUGGCUGAUUCUUCUCUUCCUCUCUUGAAGCUCACCCGGAGGAAGAAGCUGCUGCCGCCAUCAUACAGGGAGGGGAGGGGAGGGCCUGAUUAGAAAGGCUCCCCCUCACAGAUACAUUCGUCCUGGGCUUGAAGGGCUAAGCAUUCAAAGCCCUGUGAGCGUGUCCCUUCCCUGGCCCCUGGCUUCCAGCCUCCCGGAGAGGACUCCCACCUGAGGCCUCAGGUUCUUUCCCAAAUUGAGAUCCCCUUUAAUGGCUUCCUUCCCCUGCAGCCUGAGGCACUAGAGGAACACUACGAUGCCUGAAUUUCAGCCUCCACUUCUCCACCUUGGCUCUUCCGCAUUUUGGGGUUCAGGGGGAAGCAGAAAAUAGGCCAAGCGGUCUCUGCAUUCUGAGGCGGGGGCUGGAUGUGCAACCAAGGAUCACUGGCCCAUUCGCAGCUAACUCCCACGCCACCGAGUUCCAGGCAAGACCACUCACCCUGGACCGAUCUGCAACUUGGAGAGGGAGAAGCAGCGUGGCCUAGAGGAACAGCUCGGGCCUGGGAGGCGGGGACCUGGGUUCUAAUCGAACCU